AUGUAUGAGCCUAAUUUCAAGGACGAGUACAAACCUAAAUCCAAAUCCAAAGACAACUUCAAUGUCUUUUACAAGGCUAAUUACAAAUACAAAGGCAGACAAGAAAAAAAAACUAAUAGAACUACUAAUACUAAUGACAAAGAUAAAGACAAAGGCAACCCAAAUAGCAAUAGCAAUAUCACUAUAAAUAUCCAUAUCAUUGUUAUUUCUCUUAUUCUUAUCAAUAAAAAUGAUUUAAGGAUAUUUGUUUUGGGCCUUUCAGUCGGAACUGCCCAAGUUAACGGUAAAGCUACCUUCAUAACAUCUACCUUUUGUUAUAUUGAGAUACUAAGAGAAUCCACAGCCGUUUGUGUAAAAUCACUGAAUAUUUACUUCUCUACUGCUUAUUUCAAUUGGGUGCCCAAUUGCCAUCGACUAAAGUAUGUGCGAGAGUCAGAGAUUCAAUUGUCCAACUCAAUUGUGAACAGAACUAUACUCCGAGUUAGCUGGGCAAGAGUAAUUAAUGAACUUGUUUAA